AUGUCAGCGGAAACACCUGUGGUCUGCAGAGAUUGUUGGCCCAUCGCAACAAAGAAGGCUGAGCAAGAAUUUAACAAAACUGUCUCUAGAUGGUUAACCGAUAUAUCUAAGGAGGAGCCAGAUUCCAACCUUCCCAGAAUCCUCCCUUCUCUGUUUCAUUCCCCAGGUGGUGAGAAGUUUAGGAGACUUCUUUUCCAUUUCUCCACCUUUGUGGUCAAACGGUGCAUCAAGCAGGAACAAGGAGUAAGGGAUCAUGAAAUCAUGAAGCACCCGAUGCUAACACCUAACACCACCAGACUGAGUGGAGUGAUGCGGAAAGCAGUGAUGUGUAACUCUAUCAGACACAGGAAACGCUUCUUCACUGUGGCCCAAGAGUCCUUGAUUGCACAUAAACAGUGGAAGGACUAUGCCAGUGAACUUGUGAAAGACUAUCGUAAGGUUAGCAAGACAAUCCGUGAGCUGGAACACCAACUCCGUGAUGCUCGACAGAAAGCUGAGGAGAGGGCCACAGCUAAAGGAAGUCCCCAUCUGGCUGGGAAAGCCCUGGCAAUGAAGAGAGCUCAGCAUGUACAACAGGUGCGAGCCAUGUGGAAAGAGGUGGAAAAAUUUUCCAGCGAACAGAGUGCUGAGAAGGAAGUGGUGGAGUCCAUUUUUCAGUCAGUGAACAGUCAGUACCAGAUUGACGGGCGAGAAAUCAACCUGAAUGUUCCAGAACUUCUGUUGCGAAAGUGUCAAAAUGAAAUUCAGAGGAGGCGUGUGGAGAACACUUAUGAGGGUGGAAAGCUAAAUCUACUAAGCCUUCUCCAGUUGUGGAAUUUAUCACUUCAUCUGUACAUAGAGAAACUUCGAGAAGUUGGUGUCCCGGAGUUGGAUGUGGCUCCCAUCAGCACUGUGGUCCAUACCUAUCAUGCUCAGCUUGCCAACUUGGAGACUCUCAAAGAACGGUUGUCCUCAGAGUUAAUACCUAACCUGAGAGGCUCUGUUGACGAUGUGCGAUCAAAACUGCCUGUAUGGGAGUCGGAAUAUGCUUCACCCAGUAACAGACAGGCCAUGCCCAUGCAGCUGACAAUCCCCUCCCCACUACAGAUAUCCAUGACUCCUGACCUCAGCAAAAAGGCAACACCCCCAGAGUUUAGAACUCGGGUCACACCUAAAGCAGAUGCAAAUACGCCAGACACUGUAAUACAGCUGAUAGACUCUGUUGAAAAAGCAGCAAGGAAAUCUAAGUCGACACAUGAUAGGAUUCAUAUCACAAGAGGGCAACCAAAAGGGAGACAACCAAGGAUGUGGAACACGAAGGGGAGGCAACUGGUGAAGCUAGGAAAGUACGCUCACACCUACCUACGAGGCAUGGGUCUAAGCACCCUGCCUCCAGACAAAGACAACCCCCAGGGAAAACUCAGUCCGAUGUAA